CGUUUGAUGAAUGCGUGGUGAUCGGCGCCGGUGAAAACCUGCUUACAUGGGCGAUGAGGUGUGGGUAGCCUCAACAGCGGAGAAAAACGCACGUCACUGCGCAUCUCCAGCGGUCGAAAUUUCUCCAUCUCGGCACGAUAUCAAGGAACGGGACCAUGGAGGACAGCAAUGCGAGGUGAAUUGCAUCAACGUCGAUCCUUUGGUGAAUAUACAAAUACCAGUGCAGAAGACGCUCGCUACCCAGCCAGCCCCUCUGGCGCGUCGAUUCCAUGACAGUAUCCCCUGCACCCUCUUCGAUACACUGCAUCAUUCAUCACCAGAACCACGAUUCAAAUCACCCCAGGAGAAACAAGGCAUAAUGAUCCAAUCGGAGCAAUCCACGAUCCUCGCCGCCCUCGUCGCCUGCCUCGGAUUCGCGCUUACCCUGGCCGGGGCCCUGUACGCCUACAACGAGGGCUACCUCGACCCUUGCAUCCAAAAGAUCGGCGUCUACCUGUUCAAGGCCAAAGCCAUGGCCGAGAAGAAGAAGCUCCAGGCUCAGGGGCAGAAGGCGGGUCGGGACUUUGUCGACUGUUAG